AUGACGGACUGGGAUAAAAACCAUAAAUACGCUGAAUAUAGCACGUUUGUAGUUGGUGAUGAAGAGGGAGGGUACAAAUUGCAUAUCGGAGGUUACGAGGGGGACGCCGGUGAUGGAAUGAUUAAACAUAACAAUAAAAAAUUCUCCACACGAGAUUUUGACAAUAAUCAAGUUGUGAAGGAAUUUGGGGGAAGUUGCGCAAAGAGAUUCCACGCAGCAUGGUGGUUUUAUAAGUACUAUCAGAGCAAUUUAAAUGGAAAAUAUUAUAGAAAUGGGAAAAUUGACGAUAAAAAAUAUGAUGGUGUAACGGAAACCCUGGACUGGCACAAACUAUUCACUUAA